AUGUCCUCUGUGAAGAAGAAAACCAGCAGCAAAAAAGCAGUGGUGGCCGAUAAAAAGGCUGAUGUACUGCAGUCGUCUGAAGCUCAGCAGUAUGUGGCCAAAGAUACGGAUCUCAGGUAUUAUUGGGGCUUGACCAUCGUCACGGUGCUAGCAGCUUUCACCAGAUUCGUGAUGAUUGACUUACCUCCUAAGGUGGUGUUUGACGAGGUGCACUUCGGAAAGUUCGCAUCCUACUACUUGGAGAGAACGUAUUUCUUCGACUUGCACCCUCCAUUCGCCAAGUUGUUGAUUGCGUUUGUGGGAUGGUUGGUUGGUUACGACGGUAAGUUCAAGUUCGAGAACAUCAACGACGACUACGUCACAUACAACGUGCCAUACGUGGCGUACCGGUCGCUCAUCGCUCUUCAGGGUACUGCCAUUGUCCCGGUGAUGUACUGGACCAUGAAGACAUUGGGGUACUCUGCCAGUGCCUGUUUGUUGUCGAGUAUGAUUGUUUGUUUCGAUAAUGCACACAUCAUCGACUCGAGAUUGAUUUUGUUGGACGCCAUGUUGAACUUGGCGGUGGCCUUGACGAUGCUUGCAUAUGCUAAGUUCUCCACGUACCGUACCCAGCCGUUCACCAGGAUCUGGUGGAUCUGGUUGAACUUGACGGGGGUUGCGUUAUCAUUGGUCAUUUCCACCAAGUAUGUGGGGGUUUUGACGUAUGUCACCAUUGGAAUCGCCGUGGUGCACGAGUUGUGGAUUUUAUUAGACUACCAGAGAGGUUUGACGUUGACUGAGUUUAGCAAGCACUUUGUGGCCCGGUUCUACUCAUUAAUAGUGUUCCCCUUCAUUCUCUACUUGUUCUGGUUCUGGGUGCAUUUCGCCGUCUUGAACAGAUCGGGCCCGGGGGAUACUUUCAUGUCAUCUGAAUUCCAGGAAUCGUUGGUGGAGUCACCUUUGGCCAAGUUCAGCAAGCCAGUGAACUUUUACGACAUUGUUACCAUCAAGCACAAGGAAACAGAGGCUUUCUUGCACUCGCACAAAGCCGAUUACCCUUUGCGGUACGAAGACGGAAGAAUCUCCUCCAACUCCCAGCAGGUCACGGCUGUGAAGGCCACUGAAGGUGAAGAUUCCAUUUUGAACGACGUCAACAACCAUUGGGAAAUCGUCCCCAUCGACCCCAAGUUCGAUAAAGGCGUUACUGUGUUUACCAACGAUAUCAUCAGGUUGAAGCACGUUGGUACUGGGGGGUAUAUGUUGGCACACGAUGUGGCUUCACCUUUGAAGUCCACCAAUGAAGAAUUCACCAUUACUUACGAUGAAGAGCCCUACAGCCGUGCCUACAACGAGAGUUUGUUCAGAUUGAGACUUGCUCAAGGUGGGUCUGGUGCCAACAAAAACAGGAAAAAGUUGGUGAAAACCAAGGCUACUCCCGUGAGACUUAUUCAUGUCGACACGGUGGUAUCGAUGUGGACCCAUGACGAUGAAGUGUUGCCCGAAUGGGGUUUUGGACACCAAGAGGUCAGUGGUAACAAGAAGAAUACCGACCCUUCCAACGCCUGGUUCUUUGACACCAUUGUUAACUUGAAUGCCAAUGACUCUAGAAGCACUUACAUUCCCAAGAAGGUCAAGCCCUUGCCGUUCUUGAAGAAAUGGUUUGAAUUGCAAUUCUUGAUGUUCCACCACAACAACAAGUUGUCUUCUGAGCACCCAUUUGCAUCUCAACCAAACUCCUGGCCCUUGGCGGUUUCCGGAGUAUCUUUCUGGAAUGACAACGAAAACAAAAAGCAGAUCUUCUUCACUGGUAACGUGGUGGGCUUCUGGUUUGAGGUGUGUUGCUUGGCGGUCUAUCUCGGAUUGUUGUUGGCAGAUCAGGUGACCCGCCGCAGAAACAUCCACUUAUUGAACAAGAAGGCCCAAUCAAGAUUGUACAAUACAUUGGGUUUCCUCUUCAUUGGAUGGUGUGCUCACUAUUUACCCUUCUUCUUGAUGAACAGACAGAAGUUCUUACACCAUUACUUGCCUGCGCAUUUGAUUGCAGCAUUGUUUUCCGGUGGCUUGGCUGAGUUUGUGUGUUCCAACAACCGAAUCCAGUCUUCGUCUCCAAUUGGAGUGAACAAGCACAGGUUCACCGCAUUGGUCUUCGUGGUAUGUGCGGGCUUGGUAUGGUUCUAUUACUUCUUCUUGCCAAUAUCUUACGGUCACAUCUCAUUGCCUCCUGAAGAAAUCAGAAAAAGACAGUGGUUAGACAUGAAAUUACAUUACUCUAAAUAG